GUGAGACUCCAGUGCAAGUCCCCCCCCCCCCCCCCCCUGGCUGGCCCAGACCACGUUGAUGCUGUUGUGCCCACGCCGCCUCCCUACCUCCCCUUUUACUCCGGCGUUCCCCCCAUUGCUUCUUCCAGUGAUGGCUAUGAGUACCGACCCGGGCUGCAGAAGGGACGACUCUGACCCUGACUCAAUGACCCCUGACCCCAGUAACCUCACCGCCAUGAUGGCCGCAGUCGCCAUGAAGACCACCGAGACAGACGUCUCACCGGCCAAUGGCGUGAGGAACGGGGCUCAGCAGGGCGGAGCUAAAAGGGGCCCUCCUUCGCGGGCGCACCUCUCAGGGAGGAAGCUGUCGCUACAGGAACGAGGGACAUACCCAUCAGAGGGGACUCAUGUCUCCCCCCGUGUGGCACGCAGACCCACGGUGGAGUCCAAGCAAGUCUCCAUCUCAGAUGCAGAGGACUGUAUCCAGCUGAACCAGUACAAGCUGAAGAAUGAGAUCGGCAAGGGCUCCUACGGGGUUGUCAAACUGGUCUACAAUGACAAUGAUGACAAUCACUAUGCCAUGAAGGUGGUGUCCAAGAAGAAGCUGAUGAAGCAGUAUGGAUUUCCACGUCGCCCUCCUCCGAGAGGUCCCAAGGCUGCAGUCCAGGGGGAGCAGCCCAAAGUCCUAGGCCCCCUGGAGAGGGUGUACCAGGAGAUCGCCAUCCUCAAGAAGCUGGACCAUCUCAACAUAGUCAAACUGGUGGAGGUGUUGGAUGAUCCUGCAGAGGACAACCUUCACAUGGUGUUUGAUUUGAUGCCAAAAGGAAACCCCUUUGAUGUACCAGACAUGCCCCUGUUUAAACCACUGGGAAACCCCUUUGAUGAACCAGACAUUCCCCUGUUUAAACCACUGAGAAACACAUUUGAUGUACCAGACAUUCCCCUGUUUAAACCACUGAGAAACCCCUUUGAUGUACCAGACAUUCCCCUGUUUAAACCACUGGGAAACCCCUUUGAUGCGUUGGACGUAUGGGCCAUGGGAGUAACUCUCUACUGCUUUGUGUUUGGGAAGUGUCCGUUCAUUGAUGAAUACAUCCUGGUUCUACACAAUAAGAUCAGGACUAAAUGUGUGGAGUUCCCAGAGUCGCCAGAGAUUAGUGAAGAGCUGAAGACUCUGAUCCAGAGAAUGUUGGACAAGAACCCAGACACCAGGAUCACCAUACCUGAGAUCAAGUUGGACCCGUGGGUGACCCAGGAUGGUUGUGACCCCUUACCUCUAGAGGAGGAACACUGUACCGUGGUGGAGGUCACCGAGGAGGAGGUGCAGAACUCUGUCAAGUUUGUCCCCAGCCUUUCUGCCGUGAUCCUGGUGAAGGCCAUGCUGAGGAAGAGGUCGUUCGGUAACCCCUUUGAGUGUCCCAGAAGUAGAGAGGAGCGGUCCAUGUCUGCCCCUGGCAACCUGUUAAUGGACGUGUGGCCGUUCCGCCACUCUUUAAAACUCCACCCCUCUCUAAGGAAGGGCAGCAGUGGAGAGGGCAGUAGGGAGGGAGAGCUAGAAGACCUGGAUGAAGAUGAACCCUCUUCUCCAGUCAGCACAGCCCAGCUUAGCUCCACACAGGCGUCUGAGCCACCUCCUCCCCUUUAAGAACUAUAUGCCAUUCCCCUUUAAACCCCCAUCUGUACAUUGCCUCUCUCCCAUUAAAUAUAUAAUGCACUCCA